GCCGUUCUCGCGCUUCGCCUCCGCCAAUGAGAAGGCGGCUUUGAGGACUCGCUCGUCAGGGGGGCCAUCCUGGAUAAAUAAAAUAUCAGACGCGUCGUCUUCCCGUGUUGUCCAGCAACACCGAAACGAUCCCAAACUAGCGUAGGUGGAGGACGAGGAUGAUUUGGAUGAGAUUUGAAAACAGCUCGGAGGUACCCGUAGUACUUGCCACACAUGCAUCUGAGUCGCAGUGAUGGAACGCCCCAGGCUGCGCGCGCUACACCGCUGCCACCACCACAACUACCCAGCAUGCACCGCUGGCCAGAACAAUGGCUGCAAGUUUUGGCUGUGUUGGGGCGAUGUUAUUACGCGUUUCAAAGUGAAAUAUCUCGCAAGACAGCAGUUGUCAUUGAUAGUUUGUAACUUGUUAUCUUUGUGGGCUGUUGCCAGCGUGUUUUAAUCAUUUGUGUGUGACAUUAUCGAGCCUUGUUCGUCCACCGAGAGGCUUAGCAUUUUCUGUCUUGUUCACGUGCAGUAUCUGUAGCGUAGCUCUCAAAAAUCUCCAUGAAAACAAAAACAAACUCCGUGUUGGACAGCUUCUAAUGAACUCCUAGAAAGAGGCCUCCGAGAGGGAUCAGCGGGGAUCGUGUACAUGUAGUUUUUGGCUGGCAAAAUGCGUCGCACAGCCUCUGUGAAGAGAUCGGAGGUGUCUGCUGGUCAGAUUGACAUGCCUUGCCCGUCAUUCUCAAAGACAACUGUGUGAAAUAUGAAUUCAAAAUGGGCACUCGUAACUCCGGAAAAAAAGCAGAUGACAUGCCAGUGUCUGGUGGACCUCCGACACGGCUCCUGCGGCCGCGUGGAGUAUGCUUUCGAUGUCAUUUCCCUUCUCCUGCAUCAUGUGUUUGUCCAAAUACAACCACAGUGGAGGUUAAAGUACGGUUCCCAUCCACAUUGGUAAGCCCUGAAGCUGCCCCUGCCAGCGUGUCACCAACAGCAGCUAGAAAAAGAAAGCCUACUGAUAAUAAUUUAGGAGUUGUGCAAGCCAGAAGUAAAUCUCCCCCUAGCCGAAGACAGUUGUUCCAAGACGACUACUCCAACUCAAUCGAACCAGAUUUGGAUGCUGCUGCAUCUAUCUUGAGCGACGAUCAAGCUUUAUCCGAAGCAGAUGAAACAUACAGUUUAACUUCAAGCUCUGAUUGUGAAAGCAUAUCUAGUCAAGCUGUUGAUGAUGACACAGCUAUUCCAUCUACAUCGGAGCCCCUGCCUUCGACUUCUUCUGCUGAGACGACUUCAUCAAGGCCUAAACGGAAGAGGAGAAAAUUAAAAACAGUGGGCCGUCAUGUUUGUCCUAUUUGUUCUAAAACAUUUGGUAGCCCAGGGAAAUUGAGUCAGCAUAUGUUCUCUCACACUGGUGAGAAACCUUUUGAGUGUGACAAAUGCAUGAAAGCAUUUUCUUCAAAAUUCAAAUUGGUUCGCCAUCUACUCAUACACUCUGAUGAAAGGCAGUAUUGUUGUCCUAUGUGUGACCGAACUUUCCAUCGUAAGGACCAUUUAAAAAAUCAUUUGAAAGUACAUAGCCCUGUGAAGAAAACCUAUCGUUGUGAUAAAGUGGGUUGUCUCAAAGUUUACAGCUCGUUCUUAAGCUACCGCAAACAUGCUGCAGUUCAUGCUGCUGAAGAAGGAGACCUAGAAUGUAAAAUGUGUGGCAAAACAUUUCCAACUAAAGAUGAAAUUGUGUAUCAUUUGAAAGUGCAUGCUGGUUCUCGCACUGUUAAAAAUCCAUCAGAUAAAAAAUAUGGGUGUGACUAUUGUGAUAGGAGAUUCUUCACACGAAAGGAUGUGAGAAGACACCUUGUUGUUCAUACAGGUAAAAGAGACUUCCUGUGUCAGUUCUGUCCCCAUCGAUUUGGAAGGAAAGAUCAUUUGGUGCGCCAUAUAAAGAAGAGUCACUGUAAUGUCAGUCUUGGUGUCAGAAUAGCAGCAUCCAAAGGAAAACGCCCUCGACCAGUGACAAGUUCAGGGUCAAGUCAGGCUAAUGUGUCAACUCCAGGAUUAUCAACAGUGAGGCAAAAAACAGUUUUGCGGACACAUGGGAGGCCAAAGGCAGCUUCUGCACCUGAAUCCCUUAAUGCUACCAAUACUCUUGUUUAUGAAGAACACACAAAUGAAUUUGAAUCAGGUGUUUUGUCCAGCUUGGCCUCUGAUAUCAAGUCCACAAAACAGGAAUUGUGCGACAGUCCUCUGAAAGUGGAAGACAUAAUGAUGUCACAAGAUGACGACUCAUUUCAAGUGAAGGUAGAAGAAUGUUCCAUAUUACCAGACUUGCAACCACUAGUUUUUACGCACCCUCCAUCUGCUUCUUAUGUAGAACUUGCGGUUGAUGAUCUUAAUGUGCCGACAGACCAAGUUGAUGGUGAUAUCAAAUCAGAGCAGCCACUUUCAUCGCUUUCUGUUGGAAUGGACAUGAACCAGUUUAUCUCAGGUUAUUUGGCCUCCAGUAGCUCCACCUCAGAGCCCGAUUCAAUACAACCCGAUCAACCUGUAUCCGAACAGUCUGUGUCUACUCAACCUACCACAUCAACUGGGAUGUCAGAUGUUGAAGCCACUGAAUUUUUGGCUCAGUUCUCCAAUGAUGAUGAAAUAAUGCAGUUCAUGGAACUGUCCAUCCCAAUUACAACAGCAGCAACUUCAGCUUCAACAUCUGAUUUGAACUCAACUACUGCGCCACUAGGUCCUUUGCCAAGGUUUCAGCAAGCAUUCCAGCAGCAACCACCUUGAUGUUACUUUUCAUCAUCACUGUGCUGCCUUGGAUACAGUGGUGAUGUCUAAAACUGGCCAAAUGCCACAAUAUAUACUGUGUGUACAAAAUAGUUACUGUAAAAAUGCAUUUUGAAACCUUGCUUACCUUCUGUGUUUCUUUUUAUUUAUUGAAAGAGCAUUAAUGAGGAAGUUUCAGUCAGUAUCCAUUUGGCAUAAAGUUUAAUGGUUCAUUUGUGUGUGACCAUGUUUAGACAUCACUAUUUCAUCCAUGGCAGAUACAGUAGUUAGUAAAAAAUUAGUGUGAAAAACUUAGUCCAGCAUUCACUGUGUUGUACAAUGUGCAAGUUGACACACUAUGUGUACAUUUACCCCAUUUUCCCCAAAUUAAUAGAAACUGUCAUUACAUUACCUUCUAUGUAUAUUUCCAUAUGUAUUUCUAUAGAAACGUGUGCAGCAUGCUAUUUAUAACUCAUUUUGUGUCUUAAUGUUGAAGGCUAUCUUUGAAGUACCGUACUAACUCAGCUUCUCACAUGACUCCUUUUCAUUAUUUCUGUAGCAUUAGGCUCACUUAGCAUCUAUUGUCAGGAGAGUGAGGAUGUAUUCAGCACAUAAGUGUUUGGUAAUCAUGACUGAAUCAUACAAUGAAUUGUUUGAGCAUUGUUGAAAUAUUGCUGUGAGUGUUUUCAAAAUUUGAAUUGACUGGUAAUGAUUUGAGGAACUGAGGGUUGUAAGAUCACUUUGGCUAGUAUUGUAAGUGGUCCUUUUUAUCAUCUUUGUACAGACUGAUUGGAAGAAAAGCAAUAGUAUGGGCAAUAUUCAUGGAUCAUAUUGCUAUUGGAUGCAGUGGGUUGAAACUCCAUUAUUAAUGUUGUACUUGAUUGUCAAUACUUUAAAUUUUGUUGAAAUUUUGAUAUAUUCCCAAUAUUUUGUCUGGUAGUAGCAUUUUCCCAUUUAAAUGAUUCUUUCUGUGAAUGUUAUUUAUUUCCACACCUUCAAUUCUUCCCUUACUCAAAGUUGAAGACAAAAAAAAAACACUAUUUAUUUGGAUGCUGAUGAAAAUUAAACAGGGUGAGGAGAUGAAAGUGUUAAUGCUUGUUAAUUUCUCUAUUUGUUCAUUGUUUGAAUUUGAAAAAUGAGAGCGUUGAUCGAAUGUUAAGUUUUCAGAGAAGUGCAAUUUACCUAUAUUUUUGCAAACAUGUGCUGAGAUUGACGAGUGACCUUUUCUUAUUAUUCUUGUCAUGAAUGUUCUGUGUUAGUUGUUUUUCCUUUGUUAAAUUUAGAAGUCCGGUUUUGAGAUUCAUGUUGCACAUAAUUUUAGACAUGUAAAUAUUUGUAGUUUUGUCAUAGCAAUAAGUUGUAUUUAUUCUUCAUUUUGAGGAAUAUUUUUACAUUUUUAUACAGAUGUGUGCAAGUUUGUGUAUUGUUCUGAAUUGAAAAGUCUAUAUUUUGAUAGCGCUGUAUUGAAUAGUAUAGUUGUACAUUUUUUUAUGCACGUAUACUGUCGCUUUAGGUUUCCCCUAGAGGUAACUGCCUCAUGUACAAAUGAAAUGCAGGAGAAGAAAUAUCAGUUAGGUUGUACCAUGCUAGAUUUGUAAGUUAGCAUUUUCAAAAUGUGAAGAAAGUGUAGCACUCCUUUAAACCAAUAUGGUUCUCAGUGGUUUAGUUUCAAAGCAGUGCAUUGGACCUUUCAUCUUUAGUGCUAGUCUUCACACUUACUCAAGCAGCUUGGAAUGUAAUUCUCAUAAAAAAACCUUAAUCAGGAACUUAACAAUUUUCUCAUUAAUCAGCAAGUCUCACUAUUCUCUUACUUUGCUCCGCUGUGAUGAUGCAGUGCCAUGUAGUUGCAGUAUGGUUUUAUCCACAUUUUCUCUAAGACACAUGCUUUUGUUAAACUUUUUGUGAUAAUCUUGGUUGAUGAUAGUUUUAUUCUUGACAGGACAAAAUCAGUUGUGUUUUUAUAGAUACUGUUUCCAUUGUUAAUAACUUUCUUCAAAAUAUGUCUUGUCUGUAUGUUGGCGCCGAAAAUUUUGUUUCAUCUCGGUUUUCUCAGCUUUUUUCAGCUUCCCUUACACAGUACCAGUAAUGGAUGAUGCCAUUGUGUGAUUGCACUCUGUAUAUAUUUGGGUUUAAAAUUUACCUGAUUGAGAUGUGGAGCUUGACAUUGUGAUAAUAUGGCAACUUAUUUUGUUUGUUUGUUUUUUGUUUGUUUGUUUGUUUGUUUGUUUAGUUAUUUUUUUUUCCUUUUUUAAAAUUUUGGGCUUGUUUUAGUUUUGUCAUAGACAUAUAAGUUUUUAAGGCAUUUUUUUCAUUCUGAAAGUUUUGUACGGGUAUAUUUAAUUUGCACCUCCCCAGGGCUUCAAUUUUAUUCUUUGUGAUUGUUUUCAUGCAGACCCUUGGGUCCUCAUAAAAAGUGAAGUGGCUGUAUUAGCAGUUGUACUUAUUGCAUUUAGCUUAAGUCAGUAACUUUCAUAAAUAUUGGUUCAUAAUCUCUUGGUUUCUGCUUUCACUUCUAAUCUCUUGUGAACGCAAUGUUAGGACAGCAAUUAAAAAUAGCUCUGCAUUGCCUUUGAUCUUUCUUAAGGGGUUUCUACCUUCAUGUCUCCAUGUAGUUAAAAGACAUAAACGCCCUGCCCUUAGGGCAGGUUACACUGGUAAAACAAAGGCAUAAAAAUUAUGCCCUUUGGGGCAUAAAUACUCUUUUACGCCCUUCCCAAGGGCGUAAAUGGUAUAGGAAUUUCAAGCAAAAUUUUAAUGCCCUUCCCAAAGGCAUUAACGAUUUAUGCCCUUUAAGGGCAUAAGGGCCCUUUAAUCGUUUACGCCCUUAAAGGGCAUAAUUUUAAUGCCUUUGUUUCACCAGUGUUUCUUUUUCUGGAAUUGAGUUGCUGAAAGGAAGAAAGGAACAGGUGGAAGAAAUUAUUUUUCCUACAUACCGGUAGUUUGUUGUUUCUGUCCCCGUCCCUCUCCCCCCUACCCCCACCCCCGCUAGUUUUGUUUUCAUUUGCAACAUUAAUGUUUUGAAGGAAUGUUUCAUGUAAGCCGUAUCUGGGGAAAUGCGAAAAAUCAAUUUGGUCCCUUAAAUUGCGGAAUGCUAUUUUGAUGUUGUUUUUUUGUUGUUGUUGAACUUGUUACACACAUGCCAGCCACGAUUAUUUUUAUUCUAUUGACAGUGUAUCUUUUUAUUUAACUCUGAAGCUGGUUCCAAUACAAUUUGUGUUUUUCCUUUAAAAACCAUGUAUUAGUUUUCACCUUGGUUCAUACUCGUUUACGGUAGCAUAAGUUUGUUUCGUUUGUAAGCAAUAAUUUCAGAAAGGCCAAAAUCACUUUAGAAAUAUUUUUAUAUUCUAUUUUGAUAAUUAUCUUCGUAAAUCCAGCUACAUAGUUUUGUAAAUCUUUUUUGAAUCUGUGGAUGUAAUGGUGGUUAGUGCUUGUAAAGUGUGUAUUUUCAGCCUACAACUUACCAAUAUGAGAAAAUUUCUUUGUUUUUAUUUUAGAUACUCUAUAUUGUCCCACUUACUGUUUUUGUUGUGGUCACUAUUUUGGUACUUUGAGAUAAAGACAUUUUGAGAAUUGUGGAACCAUCUUUUUUAAUCUUUGAUUGGAUGACAGGAAAUGUGAUGAAUGUCAGAACCACCUUCCUAAUAUUUGUUUAACUUUUGGCCCCUCAUAGAUCUACUUUUGCAGCCAUGACAGUUACUAAAUUAAUCAGUCUACUCUAGGAAGGCUGUAUGCUUUUCUUGUAACCUUAUUGAGUCAGUUACAUGCACCAAAUAUUUUGAGUACCUUAUAGCGGAAAAAAUUAUACUAAUCAUUAUUUGCUUCAGGGUUUGGAGAAUACAUGUGUAUAUGUGUGAUUAAUUGGUGGUUGAGUUGAGUUUGAGACAAUGUACCUUCCUUCUUAUGAAAGGAGACAUAUUUUGUGAUUAUGAUUUAUAAAGUAGGCCGUUAGCAACACCAAAAUUUAGAUUUCAGUUUAGUUACCAGUACCUUGAUGAGCUAGUUUUCUGUACCUUAUCUUAGCAUUCUUUUAGUGAUUUCAUUGCCAUUGCCAAAUAGUAAUAGGGCGAAGCCUCAGGAGUCAGUUACGUUAGGAGUUACCAGAUCAUGUAUACUAUGUCAAAAAUACAAUACAACUUUGUUAGAUUCUGCAAUCAUUCCAGUGAUUUUACCAUUUUUAUCUGUAAUGAAUAAAAUAACCUGUUCAUAUUUCAGGGGGAAAUUUCUUAAUGUCUAUAUUCUUGGUGCUUUUAUGCAUGAAUGCUGUAUAAAGCUUUGCAUUCCUUGACUGUGUGGUAGUUGAGUUAAUUAUUAACCAUAGAUGAACCAAAGUAUAAUUUUUAAGUUGUGUGCUAGUGUACCAUUAGGAAACCGUGUGUUAGAUUACUCCUCAGUGAGGAAGCCAUGGAAUGUUAUUUCCAAUUGAUUGUAGUACUUAGCCAUUUUCCCUUACUUUCCCUUCUACCCUUUUCGAUCGAAAAGCUCAACUUUUAAAAUGCGCUUGAUCUAGUGUGUGUUGCUUUAGAAAGUAUAGACAACCAAUGAUGCUGUGUUAUAUUGUAGCCAAGCUCUUGCAGUUUUGUUGUGGAUGUCAUUCUGUUACCUGUGUUUAUUGAAGAGAGUGUAAAGUUUUCUGAUUCCUUUGUGUUUUCUAUAUUUGUGAAUGUUACUUAAUUUAUGUGUGAAUAUUCUUAAAAACCUGAACUGGUUAGCCAGCAACAAUUGGCUCUUGCCUGCGUGAUGAUACUAUUCAAGAGUCAUUUUCAUUCCAGUUAAGGGUAUAUGCAUGUAACAUGCCAUACCCUUAUAGUUGUAAGAUUAAGUAAUGUGAACCCACAUUUGCUUCCCAUUCUCCAGUAUUAUCCAGUAAGCACAUGUUUUUCUCUCCCUUUCUCUUUUGUAAGUUCUGAGCAAGAAAGACGGGACAAUGUUAUAAAAUGUGUGUAAGUAGAUGUCUCAUUUGCACAUUUUACUUGUCAGAAGGCGCAAGGGAAGAAUGAAUAGUGUAUUACACUUCCUCUUAUUAAAUUCGAAAGCUCAGGUAGAAGCGUUGUUGUGUGUGAUUGUGUGCUAGACGUAAGCUCCCAUUUAAGUUUCUCAAAUUCCAAGUAAUUUGUGUCUAAUUUAUUCUUGAGAUGCUUUAUUUUGCCUUUUGUUUUUAAAAAUGGGCAAGUUGUUUGAUAUCAGUCCAGGAAGUAAUUUGUAUCCAGACAGACUGCAAUGGAGAUCUCUUAAUUGUGUCUUUUCACUACGGAAAAACCUAAAGUCAGAUUUGACAAUCAAAUCUUGAUGAGUGCCGUCUCAGAAGAAGUAAUAUUUGGACAGAAUAUUGCAAUGGUGUCUGACUUAAACUUGAAGUGCCAAAUAAUCGUUUUGGAAGGAACAAUUGCAAAUGGACUUUGAUGAUACCAUUUUAACACCUGUUUUAUUUGUAAUUUGUUUUAACUCCGGCAUUGUUUCUGUCAUUUUGAGUUGUUUUUUGCCUUUUGAAAAAGCAACUUAGUAUUUCCUAAAUAUCAUUCUGCUCUUAUUGUUUUGGGCCAGAUUUCUGUUUUGAAGUGCUAAGAAGACACAGGCAUUGGUCGUAAUUAACUGCUUAGCUUAAGAUUUGUCUACCUCAGUUUUGUUUUCUGUUGAUUGUGGGAGUAUGCAAUGUGUGAGUACAAAGUUGUAAUGAAAUAUUUUUUAUAGGAUUGUCUUUGGUGAUAAAGCAUGUGGGGCAGUUGAAUUGUCUGCAAGUACCUUUGUAUGUCAUCCAUAUAUUUUUGCAUAUGUUGUCUUCUUUUUUUUCCCCUUUUUCUCCCCAUUUCCAGUUGCACAUUUUAGUACAGUCUAUUUUUUGAGGAGCUUGUCUGUGAUAUGUUUUGUAGUAAUUGAACAUAACUUGUGGUAUGUAUCUUCCAAAACUUCUGUAUAUUUAAAAUUACAUUUAUAAUUAUUCAUGUAUCAAUUCUUUCAGUAAUAAACUAGUUGGUUUCUA